UCUGUUCAUUCAUUUCAUAGCGGGUUGAAGGUGUCCUUCAAAGCAAGUCUGGUGGUGAAGAAGUUCUGCAGGAGUAUAAAGCAACAGAAACCCUAAGUGAUGCCACAAGAAGGCAGAUGGUAAACAUACUGGUGGCUCACAUGACUGAUGAACAUGGGCACCUUCCUCCUAAAGCGAUCAGAGAGCAGUAUGCCCUCGGAAUAGUGACGCUCUUCCCUUCCCUCAAAGAUCCAUACACCAAAAAAGGCUAUGAGCACUUUUAUGAUGCAGCAAGCAGCACAGGAUACAUUUCAUGGCGUCUCAAAACAAUUCAAAGGAAGGCUAGAAGAGGAUCUCCUGUGGCACCAAGUAGCUCCAAAGAGAUUUUAAGUGGAGGCCCAAAUAGUCAGAGAAAUGUGAUCGUCGAAAGACAGCUAAAUGGUGAUGCCUGCCAGGAAGCCAUGUCGUUGCUUAACCACACCACAGACAGGUCCCUGAUCUUUCAGAAGAUGAGAGAGACUUUUGAACACCGUCAGAAACUUAUUAGAGAUGCCAGUGGAAGAACAGACAUUCUGACAAUGUUUCCCAGAUUUCUGGACACAAAAGGAUUAAUUGAUCAAGACUUCAGUCUUCUAUUUAAUGAAGAAACCUCCUCCAGACUGCUGCAGAAGUGGGAUGUGUUCUUCAAGCAAAAUGUCAUCAAAGAGGCCAAGCGUCUCACUUCAACACCUGAGUUGAGAAGUUUGGUGCAGUCAGCGGAAGUCCCUGGAGAUGACCAGGAUGCGGCAUCUACCUAUGACCAAGAAAUGGCCUCCUUGUUACUGCUCCUACAUCUCCUUCCACCACCACCUGGAGGACAGAAGUCUCCAAGAAUCAGUGCAUGGGGUGCAAUUGAGAGACUCGUUGUCUUUCACAAGUCAUGCUGCAGUUUAGAGGAACAUCUCCGGGGUCAACGGGGUCUCCAGCCAUACCUCCUUGCUGUUGGGCGUCUGAAGAGCAAGAUUGACAGCUUCUACAUAGUCAUGGAUAAACACCUCAUCCCAUGCCAGGCAAACCGCUCUCUGGGAGCAUUUGAUGAGUUGUUCAAAGCACAUUUUGUGUUCAAUGUCUCUUAUGAUGUUGCAUUAUUGAGUUUUUAUACGUUUCUGCAGACAACAGUGUAUAACAUUGAUGUUGGCAAAAUGAAGGAAUCACCCAGAGUCAGAGACUUAAGAGCGAGGCUGCUUAACCAGCCCCUUGUGCUCUCCUGUGAGUAAGUCAAGGUAAAAAUGUUGAGAUGCUUUAAAUGUCAGAACCUGUAUCCAAGCAGCCAGCAGUUGAUUUCACAUUUAAGAGUUGAACAUAGUUACUAUCCUGGACCAAAGUUCAAAUUGGUUUGUUCUCUGCAAGGCUGCAGGCAUCAGUUUCUGACAUAUACAGGUUUUAGAAAGCAUCUUAAUAAUGUUCACAGUAACAUUCAGCACAUUUCGCAGAGUUUAGCCAUUCCAAGUUCAUCCUCUUGUAAUCCAGUUGUAACAUAUCAAGCUGAUGCUUUG